UGGGCGGGCCAGCUGGCGGCCUUGGAGCAGGUGUUUGGCAGCACGUGGAGGGAGGAUGGUGAUGCUGACGAGGCUGUCUUACUGUCAGUGGCGCUGGCUCAAGACUGCCCUCACCACCACCACCACCACCACCUCCAUGGCCCAACACCAUGCUCUCAGGGCCUUCUCCAGGCUCCCCCACAGUGAUGUGGAGCGACAAUAUGAGGAUGCUGUAAGGACACUUAAUAGCUUGCAGUCCAAUGCUGCUACCUUGCUUCGCAUUCGCCAGGAGCGAAAUUCUGCAGUCUCACAGAAUGUACCGUCUUCUGAGAGGUUUUUGCAGCGAAGUGGGGUAUCACUAGACGACCUUGACAAGUUAUCUAUCAUUCAUGUUUCAGGAACCAAGGGCAAAGGGUCCACAUGUGCCUUUGUUGAGAGCAUUUUACGAGAGCAUGGUUACCGUACUGGCUUUUACUCCUCGCCCCAUCUUGUUGCUGUUCGUGAAAGAAUACGAAUCAAUGGCCAACCGAUACCAAAAGAGGACUUCACUGAGCACUUUUGGGACGUAUAUGAUAGACUUGUUGCUAAGAAGGAAAAUGAAAAUGAUAUGCCAGCAUACUUUAAAUUUCUGACGGUCCUGGCAUUUAAAAUAUUUUUGCGUGAAGAAGUAGAUGUUGUUGUCCUCGAAGUAGGCAUUGGAGGAGAGUAUGACUGUACUAAUGUUGUUAGAAAUCCUGUGGUUUGUGCUGUAACUACACUUGAUAUUGACCAUACCUCCAUCCUAGGCAACACAAUCGAGUCAAUUGCAUGGCACAAAGCAGGAAUAAUGAAGCCUGGGGCUCCAACAUUUACUGUGGAUCAGCAGCAGAGCUCCUCUUUGCCUGUAUUGAUGGAGAGGGCUAGGGAGAAGGAGUGUGAGCUGUAUGUGGUACCUCCCCUUGAGAGCUAUGGAUGGGGUAAACGACCUCUGCAGUUAGGUUUGGCAGGAAGUGUCCAAUAUCAAAAUGCUUCUCUUGCUCUUCAGCUUUCUCAGUACUGGAUCAGUUCCCAAACUAAAGGUAACCAUGCUGCCAUCAAAUGUAUGGAUGGUUCACAUUCAGUUCAUGAAGACCUUAAGAUUGCUGCGCCAUUCAUGCUUGCCGAUGAAGAAGUAUGUGGGCUUAAAUCUGUAGUUUGGCCAGGAAGAACUCAGGUGAUGUCAUAUGGCCAUUUUACAUUUUUCAUAGAUGGAGCCCACACACUUGCCAGCAUGCAAGCAUGUGUAGAUUGGUUUAUGAAAGCUGUACCUCUUCAUACAUCGCAUGAUGAAACGAGAACUUACCGUGUGCUUCUGUUCAAUUCUACUGGCGAUCGUGAUCCUGAAUCUCUGCUACGGUUCUUGGCUUCCUGUAAUUUUGAUUUGGCUGUGUUCACAACCAAUCUUGUCACCACAACUAUGAGUUCAUCAUCUGAUCAGGCAAAUUACUCGGUAUCCUCUGAUGAAAUGCAUUUACGAAGUGAAAGGCAAAGGAACUCUUGGAUCAGACUUGUGAGAGAGACUGGUAAACAAUGUAAGACAAAAUGCAAAAUGAUGCAGAAAACGCAAAAUGAUGUAGUCAGUGAACGGGAAGAUAAUUUAAAUCUAGCAACGGAUGUGCCAAGUAUAAUAUUUCCAUGCAUCCGUGAUGCUCUCAUGUGGUUAUCAUGUGAACGUAUUUCUAAUCUCCGAGGGGAGGUUUUGACACCUCCAGCUUUUCCACCACCACUUAGGUUACAAGAGGCUACUCAAGUGCAGAUAUUAGUGACAGGCUCAUUGCAUCUAGUUGGAGGAGUCCUCGGGGUAAUAGAUCCUGGUUUGUCAAGUGCCACGCACACUCGUACUGCUCGCACCAAACCCCCUUCACUUACUGACCUUGUUCUCAACAACUAUGCCCAGUAUUCGUCACCAGGAGCACCUUGACAACCAUGAAUCUUCAGAAAAUUAAUCUGCCUUUGCUCAGCUGAACUUCUGAAUAACAAGUACUACUAAUGCACAAAGAAAUCACAUUAACAUGAUGUAUCAAUGAGAAAAUUAGUAGACUCAUCAUUGGCUGGGAUUACCCAGUGUAUAGGUUCAAAUCCUCCUCAUGGCUCCUGAUUUUCUCAAUGACUACUGUACUAUUUUUGUUUCUCGAGAAACUAUUUUAAUGCUUUAUGGUGCAUAAACUGGUAGAAGAAUGAAAGGAAGUGCUGGAUGGGAUGUGAAAAUGGCAAGAGUUAAUUCUUUAAAUGUAAACAGAAGGAUAUAGAGAACCAAGAAAGGAGGGAGUGUGAUGAGUGAAAUUGUGUAAAGAUUACUUAAGCAGAAAAAUAGUGGGAAUAAUAAGCUCUGAAAAAUAUUAACUGGUGAAUAAGAAAAAUUAUGUUAGAGAUGAUAAUUUUAAUGUUUGAUGGAUUAAAUUUAUGAAUGAAAUGCAGAUGUGAAUAUGAUUGAUUAUGCUAGUGUAAUUGUGUAAUAUAGAAGAUAGCCCACAUAUGCUACAAUUAUUAUAUACAAUGGAGAAAAUAGAAUGAUUUUCUAUUCUAUUGAGUAAGCAUAUCGAGUGCAAAAACUAAGAGUACCAUUAAGUGUAGCAGGUGAUGUGUUUGGCAAAAAAAGAUUGACUAGAAAAUAAGAGUUUUAGUGUUGGAAGAUGGGUCUUUCUAGUGAAACCUACUACAUGGCACCAUCUGGUCACCACUUGGUCCGGGAGACAUCUCCCGUCACGCAGGGUGCAGUCGUGCCUCCACAGAUCUCCAGUAUCAGCUCUUGAUACUGGUAAUGGCUCAAAAGGGCCACCACUUACGGGCUAUUCAUGCCCGUGCCACCUCUUGGGUGGCUUAAUCUUCAUCAAUCAAUCAAUCUACUACAUGGUUUAGAUACACUGGACUCCACUUGGAAUGGAAUCUGAUUUUUUUUUCCUUAUACUGUAAUGUAUAUUCCUGAGCGGGCUCGAAGCCUCCGGCUGUGCCACUUCUGAUCUCUUUGAAACCAGAUGAUCCACUAAUAGUACUAAACAAGAGAAAUAAGACAUGGAGAAAACUAUGCUGUUGGGAGAGCAUGGUUUUCCAUGUUUGGGAAACAGGAAAUCCAUUAAGAUUGUUUAGGAAGCAACCAAUAACAGUUGCCUAACUCUUGGUUACUGCUAAGUGAACAGGGGCAUUUCUCAUAUGGCAAUAAAAUUAUUUGAUAUAUACCCAAUACAUUUGUAGAAUUAAUUUCAAAUAAUUGUUAAUUAUUGUUGAAUACUUGAUCAAGUUGCAAAUGAGCAUAAUAGUUUUAGUGUACAGGUUAUUGUUGUUGAAUACUUGAUCAAGUUGUAAAUGAGCAUAAUAGUUUUAGUGUACAGGUGUUUGGGUAUAAUGCUUAUCUUGAUGAAUCCCCCAAAAAGUAUACAGCAUUCAAUGUCAACUAAAUUUUGUAACAACAAAGAGCUACCGGUCCAACCGGCAUUCAGAAGUCACGAGUUUCAUUCCAGUGGGAGCAUUCAUUACAAUACGACUCCCAUUGAUUGGUUCCCCAUUUUCUGGGUUCUCGGAUUCUGGACACAUGCACAGGUUACUGGGGGGGGGGGGGGGUUAACCUCCAUUCCAGUAUUUGUGAAGUAUCGACAUAAUCCGACGAGAAAGGACACUUGGUUAUACAGUAUCAAAUGCUGUAACACCAAAAUUUUAUUAGUUUCCUACAUAUAAAUUGAUGUAUUCCUAUUUAAAAUACAAUUACAGGUAUUUUCAGCAUGUAGAUGUUAUAAUAAACAAUAAAAAUGUUCAAAAAAUUA